AUGCCUUCUGAAUCUACUGAAUUAAUGAAACGUCUUGUAAAAGAGGCUUCGCAAGUUAGAUUCAUACCUAGUGCGACCUUAACAACACAUUAUCGUUUUGCUAAUUCUUUGUUAACACAGGCAAAACAUUAUAAAAAAGAAAACGAUCUUAUUAAUGCGUAUAAAUUCUACAGGCGAUAUGUCACGCUAGUUUUAGAAAAAUUACCUGAACAUCCAGAAUAUGGAAAUCCAGAACACAAGUUAGAAAAACAAGAACUAGUAAAAAAUGCUAAUUUAGCCUUGAUAGAGAUGCAAAAUAUGGAACCAAUUUUAGAUAGUUAUUUUCGCCGUGUGGAAGCGGGAGAAGCAUUGAAGAAAGAACAAGCAACGAGCUGUUUAAAUGUUCCUAAAACAUCAGAACAUUAUAAAAGAAAGCAACAAAUACAAAAACAGGAUCAAGGGGAUCAGGAUCAGGAGUGUUUCAAUAUUUCAAGAAAUAUUGAGAAUAUUUAUCAGCAUGAAACUACACAUAAUGAAAUUUACAAAUCUUAUCCAACAAAUUGGGGUUUAGUCAAUGAAUCAAAAGACAUUGUCCCAAGUUCUUAUUCAACAGAUUCUUCAUUAAGCGUCUCUGAUCAAAAACCACAUCAUAAUUCACAUAUUCGUUACGAACAUUAUGACACAAAUCAAAAUGAUGGAUAUAUUUAUCCUGCUUCCACUUUCGAUAAUGCUCCUCCAUUAAUACCACCAAAAAUUAAAGACUCACCGCCUAAAUUACCACCUAAACCAAAUGAAUAUCUAUAUGAUGCAUCACCAUCACAUUCACCACGCAGAUCUUCAAAAAUAUCAAUCUCUAAAUCUAGAAAUGAACAUAGUUCUUAUAAAGAUUUAUCAAAAACAUCAAUAUCUAAGUCCAGAAAUGAACACAGUUCUUAUGAAGUUUUAUCAAAAAUACCGAAUGUACCUGAAUACUUUGCUUUUACGGAAAGCGGAGAAGGAUUAAGAACAAUUAUUAUGCCGAUUAAUAUACGUGAUAAGUUUAUACAGAUAUCGGCUCCAAAUACUGCCAAAAAUUUAGAAACUUGCGGUGUUUUAUUGAUUCCAAAACAAAUAUCUACAUCUGAUUCAUGCACAAUGACAAAUGAAGAAGAAUUAUUGAAAUAUGUUGAAAGAAAUGGAUUAUUAACACUUGGAUGGAUACAUACUCACCCAACACAAACUUGUUUUAUGAGUUCAAUGGAUUUACACACACAUUCUGUCUACCAGGUAAUAUUACCUGAAGCAGUAGCAAUUGUGUGUGCUCCAAGUAAAUCACCAAACUUUGGAAUAUUUCGUUUAACCAAUCCACCAGGAUUGCAAACUAUACUUCAGUGUGUAAGAAGAGGUUUUCAUCCACAUAAUUCUAAUGAGAAAAUUGAUAAAGAAAUAUCAAGUUAUGGUCAUGUUGUAAUGGAAAAAAUAGAUUUAACUGUGGUUGAUUUAAGACGAAUUAACAAGAAGUUUUAG